UCUACCACACUACUACCAUCUUCCCUCUACUGCUGGACCCACUUAUGCACGCCCACGGCGCAAGAUAGCCUCCAUCGCUGCCACCUUUAAAAGAUGAUGGGCUCGGAGAAUCAAGGUGAAGUCCAUCUACGAGCACCGAGAGUCGCUUCAAUGGAGAGCUUGACCCUCAACGAUGAAGAUUUGACCUCGAAAUCCUACGCGAGUUACGUAAGUGCCAUGACUACGCUUUCCAACUCCCAACACCCCCUAUUGCCGUCGAUCGUCGCUACCCCUGCCGACGCCGAUCCACUCCUUUUCCCGGCGCAGCCACUCUCCCCGGUCGGAGCAUCAAAUUCUCCGCAGAAACCUUAUCUUGAGCCUCCAUCCUAUGCUGAUGCAGUGUUUAACCCUCUCGACCAACUCGCCAGCUCCGGCGAAGAAGCGAACGGCGGGCAGAGCCCCGUCGGACACUCCGAUAAGUCGGUAAUGUUUCCUAGAUCCCCUUCCUCGAGUUCGGAGCAUUUGAAAGUUGCGGUUUCCAAUCCGCAAAAAGAGAUGGAGUCCUCGAAUUCAAUUGUUCCGGGAGGUAACACUUUUGUUACCUAUUUGAUUACUACGAAAACGAACAUACCGGAAUAUGGCGGAUCAGAGUUCAGUGUCCGGAGGCGGUUCAAAGACGUGGUAGCAUUGGCGGAUAGAUUGAAUGAAGCUUACAGAGGGUAUUUUAUUCCUCCCAGGCCAGACAAGAGUGUAGUGGAGAGUCAAGUGAUGCAAAAACAAGAAUUUGUGGAGCAAAGGAGGGUGGCAUUGGAGAGGUACUUGAAGAGGCUUGCAGCACAUCCUGUGAUCAAGAAGAGCAAUGAAUUAAGAGCCUUCUUGCAAAGCACUGAUGGGGCAUCAAGGGUGCUCGAUGAGACAGCCAAGCUCCCAAAUCAGUUCUUUCCGGACUCUAGGAAUGCAGUUCAGCCACAGGAUGUGGUGCAACCAGCAAGAGGUGGGAGGGAUUUGCUGAGAUUGUUUAGGGAAUUGAAACAGUCAGUUGUAAAUGAUUGGGGUGGAUCGAGGCCACGGGUGGAGGAGGAUGAUAAGGAGUUUCUGGAGAAGAAAGAAAGAUUGCAUGAACUUGAGCAAAAUCUGACCACUGCAUCAAAGCAGGCUGAAUUGCUUGUUAAAGAACAACAAGAUAUGUCCGAGACCAUGGGACAAUUAGGGCUAGCGUUUCUUAAAUUGACAAAAUUUGAGAAUGAGCGGGCGAUGUUGAACACACAGAAAGUACGUGCUGCUGAUAUGAAAAAUGUGGCAACUGCAGCAGUUAAAGCAAGCAGAUUGUACCGUGAACUAAAUGCACAGACUGUGAAGCAUUUGGAUGUCCUACAUGAGCACCUGGGGCUAAUGUUGGCGGUGCAUGGUGCAUUUUCCGAUCGGUCAAGUGCAUUACUAACAGUACAGACUCUUCUAUCAGAAUUGUCCUCUCUAAAUUCUAAGGCUGAAAAACUUGAAACAACAUCACCAAAAAAAUUUGGAGGUGAUAAAUUAAAGAUUCAAAAAUUGGAUGAAUUGAGGGGUACUAUUAGAGCCACUGAGGAUGCUAAAAGCUGUGCAAUCAGAGAAUAUGAACACAUCAAGGAAAUUAAUAGAAUUGAAAUGGGAAGACUUGAUAGAGAAAGGCAUGAUAACUUCAUAAAUAUGUUGAAAGGAUUCGUGAUUAGUCAGGCAGCUUAUUCAGAAAAAAUUGGAAAAGAGUGGACAAAAGUGGCAGAGGAGACUAGUCGAUACACCAAAGAUAGUGCUUAAUUCGCCCUGUAAACCAGAUUACCAGCUUCUUCUUCUCUUUGCUUCAUGUUCUAUUCAUUCACACUAGGGGACAAUAAAACAAAUCCAGAGAGAGAGAGAGAGAGAGAGAAAGCAAAUGCGGAAUAUUACAUUUGAGAUUUCACCAAGUCCCAUGUUUAGCUGUAGAGGCCUUUAACUUUAAUGUCUUGUAAAUUUCUUGCCUGAAUUUUGUUGGUGUUUGAGAUGGUUAGUAACCACGAAAUUGCUGAGGGUUAUGUUGCGUCGUCUCUUUCUUUAGUUUUGG